AGAUCCUGUCCCUGCGCGCCCCCCCGUCCGACGGCCCCCUGCCCGCCCCCGGCCACCGCCACGCACGCACCUUCUCCGACAUCUUCCGCACCGCACUGGGCGCCCCCGCACCGCCCGCCACAUCCACCGCCGGCAGCACCACCGCCGGCGGAGCGGCGCCCGGACUCAACUCCACAUCCACAUCCACCUCCACAGCGGGCGCGUCACCGGGCUUGAUGACGGGAGCCACCACCGCCGGCGGCGGCGGCGGCGGCAGCGAUGCGUCCAUCGGCGGCGGCCGGUCACCUUGCGUAGCGCCGCUACCCGAGUUUGGCGUGAUGCCGUACUCCUCCCACCUGCCCGCUCCCCACCACCAGCCGCACCACUCCUACGGGGCGGGAGGGUUAGGAGCGGCAGCGGCAGGGCUGGCGGCCGUGUCGUCACCCUCCAGGGGCCCCCCAGCAGCAGGCGGCAUGCGGGGCGGUGCGGGCGCCGGCCGGGGCCACCACCGGCGGGCCGCCACCGCCUCCGAGUGCGAUGCCUUCGCCAGCGCCCUCGCUGCUCCGGCCCCCGGGGCGCCCGCCACCUGCACCUCCGCCUCCACCACCGCGACCGGGAUCACGCCCACAUUCGCCGCCUCCAACCCCGCCUCCGCCGUCCCCCGCGGCGGCGGCUCCCUGCCUCCCGCUACACUGCUCGCACUGGCCGCGGAGCCGGGUCUGGUGGCCUGCCAGCCGCUGCUGCUGGUACGGCACACGUUGGGGCUGCUGGCGGAGGGGGUGGAGGCGCUCAAGGAGAGCCUCAUGCCGCUGGCGCAGGGGCAGAAGGGGCAGGGGAAGGGGAAGGGCGUGACACCUGGCAGCGACGGCAAGCAGCAGCAGCAGCAGCAGUUGCCGGGGUACCUGUCCCGUGCGUUUGCGGAGUUGGAUCACGCGAUGGCGGCGGCGACGGAGGCCUGCCGCGUGUCGUACGCUGCUGCGGUGCGGUCGGCGCUGCUGCGGGGGAUGCUGGCAGCAUUCGACGUCAGCGGGCAGGGCGCGGCGCCGUCGGUCAAGGCGCUGGAGUCGCUGCUGGGCUCGCUGCACGAGGAGCUGCUGGCGCUGGUGGAGGGG